AUGUUUCCUUUCGCCUGGGCGUACUUCUCCUGGGUCUUCUCCUUCGCCUCGCCCCUGGUCCCCGUCCUGCUUCCGCCUCCGGGCCCUCCGCUCCCGCCUCCCGGACCUCCUCCGCCUCCCCCUCCCGCCUGGGAACCCAUCCUGAUCGACGCCACGAGCGACGGCCUGGGCCUGGGUGCGGCGGAGCGCGCGAUCGUCCGACGCGACGACGCGGCGGUCGGCAGCGGGGUGAAGGGGAAGUGGUCGUUGGGGCUGAAUGUCCGGUUUGCGGCGGAUAUGGAGGCGAUGGAGGAGGAGGUGCUGAGCACGAUGGAUUGGAAGGAGUUUUGUGCGGAGUUUGCGCGGAUGAGGAUUUGA